UCUCCCCUCUCUCUCUCUCUGUGUGUGUAUUAUUAUAAUGCUUUCUUUGAAGUAAAAAUAUUAUAAAAGUUUCCCCAAAAGGUAGGUCCUGGGGAGGAGCACAAGGUUAGGAGGCAAAAGAGAAAAGAUGCACACACUUCAGGAUCCUCACUGUGCUCUGCAGUCUCAUCCACCCCCUGUAGAUCUGUUUGUCUCCCACACUGCCUUCCUCUGUGCACCAUGUUUCAGGAAAUUUCCUUUUCCUUUUGAUUUAAAAAAAAUAUUGGAAAAAAAUAUGCUGUCUAGUGAUGGGGACUCGCUUUAUGAGUGUCAAGCCCAGAAUAUCUUCUAGAAUUUCUGGGACCCUCUUUCUACUGGGAAGGAUCUCCUCAAAUGAAGCACCCAGAAUUUAAUUUUAGAUACAAUAGAUGAAAUGGGUCUGAAAACAAGGAUCACUCUGCCACAGCACAGCAAAGUUAGCUGGGGUGGGGAGAUUUCCUGGGACUAGACCUUUCCUUCCGCUGGGAACAAGGCCCUGCUCAUAGACCUUCACCCCACCCCCAACCAGUUCAUAUAUAUGUGUGUGGUGUGUAUAUAUACACACCACAUACAUAUAUUCUUAAAAGAAAUCUAAGUCUUACUUUCAAAGCACAUACUUAGUCUCAACUAGGGAAUCAACAGAAGCAGAAGCGAUUUUUUUCCCCUUUCUUGACAUCUGGCUUGCGAUUGGCUGGAAGGGGGUCAGCUGACUUUGUCAUUUUGUCUGUCCUGGAUUGGAGCCGUCCCUAUAACCAUCUAGUUCCGAGUACAAACUGGAGACAGAAAUAAAUAUUAAAGAAAUCAUAGCCCGACCAGGUAAAGGCAAAGGGAUGAAUUCCUACUUCACUAACCCUUCCUUAUCCUGCCACCUCGCCGGGGGCCAGGACGUCCUCCCCAACGUCGCCCUCAAUUCCACCGCCUAUGAUCCAGUGAGGCAUUUCUCGACCUAUGGAGCAGCCGUAGCUCAGAACCGGAUCUACUCGACUCCCUUUUAUUCGCCACAGGAGAAUGUCGUGUUCAGUUCCAGCCGGGGGCCGUAUGACUAUGGAUCUAAUUCCUUUUACCAGGAGAAAGACAUGCUCUCAAACUGCAGACAAAACACCUUAGGACAUAACACACAGACCUCAAUCGCUCAGGAUUUUAGUUCUGAGCAGGGCAGGACUGCGCCCCAGGACCAGAAAGCCAGUAUCCAGAUUUACCCCUGGAUGCAGCGAAUGAAUUCGCACAGUGUGUGUUUUGUGCCUGGAUCUCUAGGGGUCGGUUACGGAGCGGACCGGAGGCGCGGCCGCCAGAUCUACUCUCGGUACCAGACCCUGGAACUGGAGAAGGAAUUUCACUUCAACCGCUACCUAACUCGGCGCCGGCGCAUCGAGAUCGCCAAUGCUCUGUGCCUGACCGAGCGACAGAUCAAAAUCUGGUUCCAGAACCGCCGCAUGAAGUGGAAAAAAGAAUCUAAUCUCACGUCCACACUCUCAGGGGGUGGCGGAGGGGCAACCGCCGACAGCCUGGGAGGAAAAGAGGAAAAGCGAGAAGAGACAGAAGAAGAGAAGCAGAAAGAGUGACCAGGACUGUCCUUGCACCCCUCUCUUCUCCCUUGCUCAUCCCAGCUCCCCGAAUCACACACUCUGUAUUUAUCUCUGGCACAAUGAUGUGUUGUGACUUCCUAAAACAAAACAGGGAGUCAGACGUGGACCUAAAAGUCAGCUUUGGACCCCCUCCCUCACUGCACAACUCUUCACUCGUCUCUUCCUCUAGCUCCCUCGCUAGCUUCUUCCUGGCUUGUCUGCAGGCCCCUUCCCUCGCCUAGGCCUAGGAGACCUGAACCUCGCUUCAGACUCCUCAGAUGUCUCUCCAAGUGAGCCCUAGGCUCCCUCCCCACCCCCGACGCCCUUCACCCCCGCCCUCCGGCGCAGAGAGCUGGCUCCAGGGCCUGGGGCCUCCACUCGGGGGCCUCAGGGCCCGGCCUGACAGCCGGAGGGCAGGAGGCCUCAGGAGGGCGCGCCUUGGCCCUGCAACAACCCCCAGGGCCUCUCCCCAGUCCCUGCCCGGUCCCUCUGCCCCAGCAAAUGCCCAGUCCAGGCAAAUUGUAUUUAAAGAUUCCUGGGGGUCAUUAUGGCAUAUUUCGAACUGUGACCGUUUCUGUGUGAAUAUUUCUAGCUGUAUUUGUGGUCUCUGUAUUUAUAUUUAUGUUUAGCACCGUCAGUGUUCCUAUCUCAUUUAAAAAAGGAUUUAAAAAAAAAAGAGGGAAAAUAACAAAAAGAGAAAAAAAGUGAAUGACGUUUGUUUAGCCAGUAGGAGAAAAUAAAUAAAGAAAUAACCCCCUACGUGUUAUCCUCCUGUAUAAAUCCGACCUCUGGAUCCGUUCUCGAAUAUUUAAUAAAACUGAUAUUAUUUUUAAAAGUU